AUGAUUCAACUCGGACUCUCCCGCAUUGCUAAAUUGGUCCAGCCCUCUUCCCUGCCUUGGAGAGCCAUCCAUAUCGCUGGCACAAAUGGUAAAGGCUCCAUUACAGGCUACCUCUCUGCUCUACUCACAGCAGCUGGUGUGCGGUGCGGCUCCUUCACCUCCCCGCACCUCAUCGACCGGUGGGAUUGUAUAACAAUCGACAACUGUGUGGUCCACGAACCUCUCUUCCGCCAGAUAGAACACAAUGUCAAACUCCGCAAUCAAUCACUAGGAAUUGGUGCAACUGAGUUUGAGCUGCUCACCACCACUGCAUUUGAAAUCUUCACACAUGAAAAUGUCGAUGUUGGGAUCGUUGAGGUGGGUAUGGGCGGCCGCCUGGAUGCGACAAAUAUCUUGAAUAAAAGUAAUGUUCUUGUGUCUAUCAUUGCUCAGAUUGGCCAUGACCACCAAGCGAUCCUGGGCAAUACCCUUCAGGAGAUCGCGCGGGAGAAGGCGGGUAUUAUGAAACCCGGGACUCCCUGUGUCAUUGAUGGGACAAAUGAGCCGGCUGUUCUAACUACCCUUGAGGGAAUUGGAUGGGAAACGCAAACACCGCUCAUCAUCACCAACCCAGAAUCCAUCAUGGAAGAAUUCCCUGAGCUGGCGAAGAUAUUCAAAUGCCUAAACAUUGAACCACACCAGAAGGCGAAUAUUGCCUGUGCAGUCGCCGCCCUACAGCAGAAGGGCAUUUUGCCGUCAUCUCUACCAUUGCCAAGCCUAUUCCAACACAUCCCUAAAACGCCACGACUAGGCCGUUUGCAGGAACUCUCCCUCAACCCUCUUAUUUCCCGCAGCCAACCGAUCCUCCUUGAUGGUGCACAUAACCCUCAAUCGGCACGUGUCCUCUGCUCGUAUGUAGACCGCAACCUUCGAAAACAUCCAUCCAGUCAUGAGAAGAUAAACAAUGUUAGUGUUACUUGGGUAAUUGCUGCGUCGCAGGGCAAGAACACUCAAGAAUUAUUCAGCUGCAUGCUCAGGCCUGGUGACAAUGUUGCCGUUGUCCAGUUUGGGCCUGUUGAUGGGAUGCCGUGGGUGAGGAGUGUGGAAAGCGCAGAGCUGCUAUCUGCAGUAAGCAGUUGUAGGAGCAGCGGCAGCGACAGUGACAGCACGCGUGAAUUAGCGCAAUCGAAGGACUUUGGGGGUGAUAUUGUGUCCGCGCUGGAGUGGGCCGAUGAAGUCUCAAAGCAAGGUGGUGGUGAAAGUGGUGAAAGUGGGCCUUUGGUAGUUGCCGGUAGCCUGUAUUUGGUAGCUGAUGUCCUUCGGCUUCUUCAAGAGAUAAAUAACAAGAAGGCAAAUGGGCAGGGAAACACUGUAACACAAUUAUGUAUAGGUCCCUGA